UUAUGUGUUUUCCCAUCGGCGAUCUCCGUCUGUUUGUAAACAAGUACACAUGUCAAAAAAAACACGGGAAAUAUGCACACAUUUCCAUUCAUCCAUUUCACGUGGGGGUGACGUCACUCACUCAUCACUGUCCGACUCGGAGUAAAUCACACGAGGUCGCUUUGAAAUCGACUUUGUGUUGUCAUUAUGGCUGUGGAAAUGGAUGUUAAAUGUUCCCCCACUGAUUGUGGAUCCAUAAAACACUGAUCUUGUGACAUCGGACGGAGUUGGGCACAAGGAAAUGCUGUUGUGCGAUCUUUUUACUUGUGACAGUUGAACAAUUUUGUCGCGAUCGGUGCAGAUUUUUGGCGAAAAAAAAAGAAAAACAAAAACAAAAAAAACCUGCUGAACGUGUAGAUCUCGAUACCAGGUGUUCUGAACAGCAAAGACUUAGCAAGAAUUACCGGAUCCAAACAGUGAAACAAAGACCAAAGUCAGUAUCCAAGAUGGCAUAUAUGUACCAGGUGCCGAUACCUUUGCCGACACCUGCACCUGUCCUAUCUGUGGUCCCAUCAAAUAUGCAGAUGUCGAUGACACCAGCACAUGUCCAAUCUGUGGUCCCAUCAAUUAUGCAGUCCUGUAUUGCGAGCACCCACUUUACAUUAAUACAACAGUAUGAGAUCCUCAGAAGGCAGUGCCCUGUUAUCCGUGUACUCGAUCCUCAGGAGUUCGAUUUCCAGUCUUUCCAGCUUUUAGGAUCAGGGUCAUCAGGAUCAGUCUUUUUAGCCAUGAGAAACAACACCAGCCAAGUUGCUGUAAAAGUCUAUCAUGCAGGAUAUAGUUUGAAGCUGGAGAAAAAAAUCAAAAAUGAGGCCAGGAUUCUCUCCAUUCUACAGGACACUGGCUUUGUACCAAAACUUCAUGGACUUCUAAUUCCUCACCCUUUAAUCCCAGGCAAACUGAUGCUGGCUCAGGAGUUUAUUGGAAAUGGCACAACACUUUGGUCAAUACUGUAUGGAAGAGACCCAAAUAUUGUUCUUAACAGUGCCAUCAAAAUCUACAUUGCCUACAAGUUGGUGUGUGGACUCAAGGCCAUCCAUGACAAAGGUGUCCUGGUGAACGACAUAAAAUCAGACAAUGUCCUUGUAGACACCAGUACGCCCAUCUUCCAAAUAAGAUUCAUUGAUUUUGACAAAGCAACAUUUCAAGGGAGUUUGACAUAUCCUAUAUCGACAGCAAUUUGGCUUGCUCCAGAGGUUAGGUCGGGUCUUCCAACCACACGACAAUCGGACAUCUACAGUCUAGGCUAUCUCAUUUCACAGCUGGAGUGCCCAGAGUUAAGGGGAAUUGUAUUUGAUUGCAUGCGUUGGAUCCCUAACUACAGACCUAGCCUUAAUGAAAUUUUGGAGUUCAUCAGCCCACUUGAUUCCAAUAGCCAAAGGUCACAGCAAAAUCUAAUGCCCAGUGUAACCUACCAGACUGUACCGCCACCGUAUAGGGCCGCCUGUCAAUGUAUUGAAAUGACAACAUGUCAGGAAAGUCGGUGUUGGCAAUGUCAAUUGAGCAUAUUACCAUUCUUCUGUAUAUGGUUGCAUAAUAAAGUGUGUCAUUGAAAUCAGUUGUCA